GGCGCAUGCGCGAGUUACAGUCCUGUGCAAAGACCCGUGUCGUCACUAACAGCGGGUGCCGGCGUUUAUCAGUUAUUUGCAGCAACAUUUUGAGAGCUAAAGCGUUUUGGAACGGAAUGAGCUGAACUACAGACAAUUGGAAACAAUGUUUGAGUCUGUGGACUUGGAACUGUUCGGGAUGGGGAUGUGGACUCUAGGACUGGGAGCCCUUGGUGCUGCCCUGGCAGGGGUCUUCCUGAUCAAUUCUGACUUUUGUCUACCCAAAUUUCUCCCUGCUUCGCUGGACCAUCUUGCUGACGCUGACCUGCGCUCCACCACUGACGAAGAGGAGCUCAUCAAAGCAAAGAGUCUCUGGGAGAAGAACGGCGCGGUCAUCUUCGCCGUGCGGCGGCCCGGAUGAUCUUUGUGCAGAGAGGAGGCCACUGGGCUGUCCUCUCUCAAGCCCCAGCUGGAAGAGCUUGGGGUCCCUCUGGUGGCCUUGGUGAAGGAGCGUGUGGGCACAGAGAUCCAGGACUUCAAACCGCACUUCGCCGGGGACGUUUACAUCGACGAAAAUAAACAUUUCUACGGUCCCAAAAUGGGCGGCAUGGGGGUGUUUCGUCUGGCUGCUUUGCAGAGCUUCUUCCGGGCCUGGAGGUCUGGUUACCAGGGCAACCUGAAGGGCGAGGGCUUCAUCAUGGGUGGCGUGUUUGUCAUCGGCGCAGGAGAUCAGGGAGUCCUACUGGAGCACCGUGAGAAGGAAUUUGGCCACAAAGUGGAAGCGGCGCAUGUUCUUGAAGCUGUUAGGAAAAUUGUUCCUCGCAAAUAAGUUUGCUAGAACACUAAAUGUAUAAAACAGAACAAAUGACAUAACCACCAAUCAAUGUUAAAUAAUUCCAUCCAAACGGUGUACCUCUUACGAUUUAGAACACUAGCUCUACCUCUGCAGACACUUGAAAGCUAGACGGGUAUGAACACAGGAAUUUGAUUCACGCAAGCGCACCUUCAACAUGUAUAAGUGUGUGUUUUAAUAAUGACGACUUGGCUCAAAACUCCAAAGGAGAGGAGCAAGUUUGAUGGCUAAAAUGCACGUUCUGCUGCAGAUGUUGAGGUCUGCUUGCUGGUUUGAGACAAUGUGACCCGUGAACAGCAAUAAACAUUAUACUCAA